AUGGCGCCCAUACAACCCUCACGGGACGGCCUUGACAGGAGGAAGAUCGUCGGGAUCAAUGCCGAGACCGUCACCAAUAUCACAUCAACCGACUUCCCAGGUCACCAUGCGGGCGAAGACAACUCUUGGUCCGUCGACCGCUUCGAGAACAACCUGAAGAUCCUCUUCCACCAGAAUCAACAAAAUGAAGCCACCUUCUCUCUUGUCGGGGUCGACGCCUCCGUGGCCAAUGCUUUCCGUCGCAUCCUCCUCGCCGAAGUGCCCACUCUAGCGAUUGAAAAAGUCUAUGUCCAGAACAAUACCUCCGUCAUUGCGGAUGAGGUUCUCGCCCACCGGCUGGGAUUGAUCCCGUUAAAGGGGAGCCUCGAAGGCCUCAAACAGUUUCGCGUCUUUGUCGAGCCGCAUGCCGACAGUGGCACCAACGGCACGGGCCUGACGGACAGGAAUACGGUUGUUCUCAAGCUCAAGGUCAAAUGCGAACGAAGACCCAACGCCGACCGGAAUGCCACCGAGCCGGAAGAAAAAUACAUCAACAGCAGCGUAUAUUCACGGCAUCUGGAGUUCGUGCCCGAAGGUGUGCAGGGGGCUCUGUUCGCAACAGAGCCUAUACAAGCCGUCAGUCCCGAUAUAUUGAUCGCCAAACUGCGCCCGGGCCAAGAACUUGACCUGGUCAUGCACGCGCACAUGUCCAAGGGGAGCGAUCACGCCAAAUUCUCCCCAGUGGCGACAGCCACAUACCGCCUCCUGCCGACCAUCACCAUCACGAAACCCAUUCUCGGCGCAGACGCCCGGAAGUUCCAGAAGUGCUUUCCGCCAGGCGUGAUCGACGUCGCACGUGUGACACCCUCAGAUGCGGCGUCGGACGAACCAGCCUACCACAACCGCGAGGGCGACGAGAAGGCCGUCGUCCUUGACCCCAUGCGCGACACCGUGUCGAGGGAAUGCCUCCGACACGACGAGUUCAAGGGGAAAGUCAAGCUGGGACGGGUCCAGGACCACUUCAUCUUCAACAUCGAGAGCACGGGCCAGUUCCCGAGCGACAUGCUGUUCUUGCAGAGCGUCGACAUCUUGAAGAAGAAGGCACAGAGACUGCUGAGGGCGUUGGAUGAAAUUGGGAAAUAA